UGCGGGCCUGCUGCUCUCUGCUGCAGAGAGGGGCUGCGUGACGUCAGUGAAGGCUCGAGCGGUUCCUUGGUCGAAGUGGAAAGAAAAAAUGGGGAGAAGAUUGCGAGGACCACAGACAGGGGAACCAUGACAGAUGACGUGAAAAGACCAGUUGAAUGUUGCCACUGUGUGGUCAUGUGACUGAGCUGGGCUCCUCCAUAGCACAUGGGAAACACUUCCUCCUGCUGACUUGCCGAUGCCGCCUUGCUGCCCUGUUUUCACCAUGAGAGGAUCUGUCAGGUGCUUGACCUCUGUAGCCUCAUACUGGCGCUGCUGUUGUGCCAUGUGAGCACCCCCUCUCCUCCGGCAGUUACUGCACGGAAUGGCCUCUCUGGACCUGCCAUACCGCUGUCCUCGCUGCGGGGAGCACAAGCGCUUCCGAAGCCUGUCGUCCUUACGUGCCCACCUGGAGUACAACCACACGUACGAGACCCUCUACGUCCUCUCCAAAUCCAACAGUGUGUGUGACGCUGCUGCUCUGCUGCCGCUUGUGGCUGAGGGAGCUCUCCUCGCACCGACCAACAACAACGACCCAUUUGAGCCACUGCGGCCUUCAGCUUUAAAGGAGCGGCGCUUCCCUUGUCGUGAGCUUCCUUGUGCGGAUGACUUGAGUCUGACCCCGGCUAACUCCAACACUGCAGCCCGGUAUAUUCCCAAUGUGGAAUUUCCCCUGGGGGAGAUUUUUAUGAAGAAAGCCAUGACAUCCGCAGACCCAGGUCCUCAUGGCAACGCCAGCACAGCUGUAGCAGUGGCAGCUAAUGUAGCGGCUAGUGCAGUGGAGGCGGCCUACGAGGAGGGCCUGGCCAGGCUGAAGGCUCGGGCGUUUGAACGGCUGGAGCUGGAUGAAAGGCUCGAGAAGCUGUCUGAAGAGGUGGAGCAGAAAAUAGCGGCCCGCGUAGGUCGUCUUCAGUCAGAGCUGGAGAGGAAGAGCUCCGAGCUGGAGCGGGCCAAGCUGGAGAGCGAACAGCUGAGCCAGGAGAAGCAAGACCUGGAGGACAAGGCCUCCGAGCUCUCUCGACAGGUGGACGUCUCUGUGGAAAUGCUGGCCAACCUCAAACAGGACCUGGUGAACAAGGAGCAGGAGCUCAACCACAAACAACAGGAAGUCGCCCAGAUUGACCAGUUCCUUCAGGAGACGGCGGCACGUGAAGCCAAUGCCAAGGUGCGGCUGCAGCAGUUCAUCGAGGAGCUGCUGGACCGAGCGGAUCGAGCCGAAAAACAGCUGCAGAUCAUCAGCAGCUGUGGCACCACACCGAACGGCAGCCUGGGACGCUGCAGCCUCCAGGCCUCAAAGGGCAAUGGACGCCAGAGAAACUCCAGCAACUCUGGGAGCACAAGAGGCAUGUACCAAGUGUCGGACCGACGUUCGUCCCCCAGCACAGGAGCAUCAGGGCGGAUCAAGUCCGUCUCACAGGGCUCUGGAGGUUACGACAGUGACAGCGUGGAGAUGCAUCCCAUGGAGGACUGUCCCGAGGCUCAGUACUAUCACACGCAGUGCCGGCUGGGUGAGGGGGGUUACGAGCGCUCCCCAGGAUGUGGAGGAUCGAGGAACUGGGGUCUUCGUAAACAGGCUAUCCAGAACUGGCAACGGCGACCUUACAGAAACAGCACCGAAGGCGAGGAAGGAGAUGUGUCCGACGUGGGCUCCCGGACCACCGAGUCUGAGGUGGAGAUGUGGGAACACGAGAGGAGAGCUGUGGCUGAAGUCCAGCAGUCUGCCCCUCCCUAUCCUCACCAUGGCAGGGCAGGAUAUCGCCCUAACACAGGUCGGUCUGAUGCGGUCUACAAGCCAUGCCGCCAUGAAAAGAGCCCGUCCAGAUCCAACGAGGUGAUCAGUCCAGAGAUCCUGAAGAUGCGCGCAGCUCUCUUCUGUAUCUUCACCUACCUGGAUACUAAAACCCUGCUGAGAGCUGCUGAGGUCUGCCGAGACUGGAAGUUUGUGGCUCGUCACCCAGCUGUGUGGACCAGAGUGCUGCUAGAGAACGCUCGCAUUUCUUCCAAGUUCCUGAGCACGUUGUCUCAGUGGUGCACUCAGACGCACUCCCUCAUCCUGCAAAACCUCAAACCAAGACAGCGGAGCAAGAAGGAAACCAAGGAGGAGUAUGUUAAAAGCACACGUGGCUGUCUGGAGGAAGGUCUGGAGGCGUUGUUAAAGGCCACAGGAAGCAACCUUCUGAUACUGAAGAUUUCACACUGCCCCAACCUGCUGACCGAUCGCUCUCUUUGGCUGGCCAGCUGCUACUGCCGAGCUCUGCAGGCUGUAACCUACAGAAGUGCCACAGAUCCAGUUGGCCAGGAGGUAAUCUGGGCCCUUGGAGCAGGUUGUAGAGACAUCAUCUCCCUACAGGUGGCGCCAUUACAUCCAUGUCAACAACCGGCUCGUUUCAGUAACCGAUGCCUGCAGACGAUUGGAAGAUGCUGGCCACACCUCCGUGCUCUUGGUGUGGGCGGGGCUGGAUGUGGCAUUCAGGGGCUGGCCUCGCUUGCGAGGAACUGCAUGCGCCUCCAGGUGCUGGAGUUGGAUCAUGUGAGUGAAAUCAACCAGGAGGUGGCAGCAGAGGUUUGCAGAGAGGGUUUGAAAGGUCUGGAGAUGCUGGUGCUCACUUCCACACCAGUCACCCCCAAAGCCCUGCUCCACUUCAACAGUGUUUGCCGCAACCUGAAGUCUGUCGUGGUUCAGAUUGGUAUAGAAGACUACUUCGAGGACCCCAACAGCCCUGAAGCUAGAAAACUGUUUGAUGAGAUGGUUAACAAGCUUCAGGCUCUGAAAAAGAGACCCGGCUUCUCCAAAAUCCUCCAUGUGAAAGCAGACAGUCUCUGCUAACAUCAUUUGUGCAGAUUCUUCAAGUCUUGGAGAGGCGCCAUCUUGGCUCGGUCAAUCAAAAAGACCCAGCUGUUUUGAGCCCGCUCCACGGGGUUGAAAAAGUCUGCAGCACCGACAGAAACAACAGAAGAUCGCCAUGAUGAACCAGGACCGAGGCUCAAUGUGCAUACUCUCAUAACUUAACACUAUUCCAGUAAGGGGAAAUCAAUAACUCCUUCAUGUUGGUCAGGAGGCUUCUUUGGACACACGAUGGCACUAUAUAUCACAAGAAGGGCCUGUCCUAGAGCUUACAGACUCAAAUAACACAACACAACUGUCAGAUUUCUCUUUCGUAGUCGUCUCCUGCUUUCACCACAAAAAAAGGAUUGUGUUGUCGCACAGAGCCAGAUCCCUUUCUUGAAACGUCUGGAGCCGGGUGACAGCGCUGUAUUAAUGCUUGACACAUACUCAAGACUACCUUCAACACCAACGGCUCGUGGGCAGGAGCACAUUAAGAAGCGUACAUACUUUCCACAGAAGUACAUGCAAUGGUGGCAGGAGUCAGAAAUUGUAGAGAAAUUAAUUUUUCUCAAGAAAUGUUGAGUACUCAAGGUUAAGAGUCUUGACACAGGAGCUUUAUGUUCACGUGCGUGUCGAAGAUAGAAUAAAUGGUUUUCCAUCCUGCCUGCCCGGCACUACGGUGUCUUCAAACUGGACGACUUUCAACACUUACUGCUUCCACCCAGGAGAGAAACAUGCUGCACCAGCUCCAGGCACAGUGGAGAGAGCAAGGACAGCCUCACUGUAACACGCAUACCUUGACAGUCUUCUUAGCUAAUUGCAUGGCAGCGAUCCAUCUGAUCCAUCAUGCAUUUCUCUCAAAAAACUGGUGCCAUUUGUAACGGUGUCUGUCCUCAUUCCAGUGAGUGUUUUCUCCAAUGUGCCAUUAAUGAGGGAAGAGGGACCAUGUACAGGGACCAUGUACAGAAAGUGAAUCUCUGGAUUUGAGUGUAAGCAGCUCUUACUGAGCAUAAGGGUGCUGAGUUUCAUAUGGAACGUGGUCUCCAGGUGUAUACAGGUGUUUCAGUGUUUAUAUAUCAUGUGACUUUCAUACUUAACCAUACUAAACAGUGCCAUUCCUAUUGGUAGUGCUCAUCAUGGCUGAGGGCCCCCCCCUCCCCCUGUUUAUAUUUUUCAACUGACACCAUGUGGCUCCCUCUGCUGGUUUUUCCAAGCACUUACACAGCCAACGGCCAGCUGGUGUGAUUUGACAUUGUACUCUUUGCAGCAAGGAACAGGUAUUACCUUUUAGUAGUUUGCAGAACUCAAAACCAAGAGAUCACGUCCUCAGUAUCACCUUCAAAUUAGGAAUUUGAUUUGGUGUGAUUCACGGCUACAAUUGAGUUUAGCCUACGGCGCAGACAUUCUCAAGAAGUAUGAGUAGCAAUACUGUGGUGACACUUAGUGUACGCUCCUCUGUGCUGCAGGUAACUUAACAGAUCAAGAUCCGUUUAUCAUUCACAAGGAAUAAUACUGUCUUCUGGCUCUGGAGGAGCUUUGUCAAGUCUGAGAAAAUAAUUCUUGGAACGUUGUCAGGCUGUUCUCGGCUUUGAAACUACAAAUGUAUAGCACAGCAAGCGUCAUUACAAGCUGGGGGGGUGAGUAGUCUAAAGAAAUGUGGAAAGAUGCGUUUACAAAUACGGUCCAUAGAAAAGACUAUUAAUGGGAAUUUCUUAAACUUGACCCAUACUAGGGACCAAAAGUCAGGAUUCUUCUGCCUCUGCUGCAUUGAUUUUCUCUUUUUCAGUCUCUUAUGAGCCCCCAAACAUGAAAGUGCAAUACUGAAUCACUGGAGCUCCUAUUAGACAUUUACAAUCACUUUGCUUUCAAGGAAACAUGCACAUAGUUUUGAAACAGGUUGAAAAAAAUGAUUCACACUUCUAGUAGAACAUCAUCACCUUGAGGCAUGUUUACCGUUUUUUUUUUUUUGCUUGCACACCUCAUUUGUCUUUACAACACGUGUUAACCUUCGUGGGCGGAGUGUGCAUCAGAGCACGAUGAACCGUUUCCGCGAAAGCCGAGCAGGCGUUUGUCACGGGGGGCUCUUUUUAAGGCACUGACGAGUAGAGCUGCGAGCUGCUGUUUCGGGGUCUCUGCUUUAUUGUCAAACAUGUUGAUGGGGAAUUGUGUAGCUGCAUAUUGUAGUGAUGAUGUUUCAGGUGAAUGUGAGAGAACAGUUGUGGAUGUUCAUUUCUUCUUGUGCUGUACUACAUCAGUACUGCAUAUUAUUGUCCUAUACUGGUACUGAUUCAUUGGAGGGACGUUCUUUUGUGGGAAAGGUGUAAAACACAAUAGCGAAAACACAAAGCACUUGUUGAGUUUAAGUUUUAGACAAUCCUGCCUUCGCUAUCAGCUACUCUGUACAUACUGUUUGUAAAAAAAGAAAAGAAAAAAAGAGUGAAAACAUUUGAUG